UUCUUCUUUUAUCCAUUCCCAACUUUCUUAAUUUUUUCUACUCCAUCAAAUUUCUCAAAAUCCUUCUGUUAAUUUCCAUUUUUUUCUUGGUUAACUCUUGAUGUUAGAGAUAUGGAGAUAAGCCCCCACCCCACUAAGUGCCUCUCCGAAAUCACCGGAGCCGGAGAGCGAAACGUCGUCGCAGAUCCAACCGGCGAAGCCCAUAUCUUUCACCAAUGGUGUCCUCAAGCGUCACAAGCCACACCUCCACCACACCCACAAUCCCCACGCGCCACCCAUUGUCAUAACCUACAAAGAGUGUCUCAAGAACCAUGCAGCCACUUUGGGUGGCCAUGCUCUCGACGGGUGUGGCGAAUUCAUGCCUUCCCCGACAUCUACCCCGACCGACCCCACUUCCCUCAAAUGUGCCGCUUGUGGCUGUCACCGUAACUUCCACCGCCGCGAACCCGAAGUCCACACGCUUCCCACAACCACCACGCCCACGAUAGAAUACCUCCCUCAACACCGCCACCAUCCACCACCACCACCGGCUAGUCAUAUCUCGGCUUCUCCACCGCCGAUCUCAUCGUCUUACCACCCUGCAGCUCCCCACGUGCUUCUAGUUCUCUCAGGAGGUCAAACCACCGGUGCACUAGACAACACUCACCUACCUUCAAACACUUCAAAUCUGGGUUCGAUCCCGAAGAAAAGAUUCAGGACGAAGUUCAGUCAGUUGCAGAAAGACAAGAUGCUGGAGUUUGCUGAUAAAAUCGGGUGGAGGAUUCAGAAAAGAGACGAACAGCUGAUUCAAGAAUUUUGCGGACAAGUUGGGGUCCAUAGAGAGGUGUUGAAAGUGUGGAUGCAUAACAACAAGAACAUUUUUGGGAAGAAAGAUGAAGCCAAUAAUCUCCACACUGGACUCAACCAUGAAGACAAAAACAAUGGCCAGAAUCUGAAUCUGAUCCAUCACUUUGAAACUGAUGAUUGUGUUGCUCAUACUGGAACAAAUGGCUCUUCAUCAUCCUCUUGAUCUUCAUCUGUUUUUUUAUUUCUCAUGUGGAGAUAAUAAGCUCUUAGAG